UACACCCGGAGAGAGUGAGAGAGAGAGAGAGAGAGUGAGUGAAGGGGCGAGAGAGGUAGUGGACUCCAGUGCUGCAUCAGUAGAACUUGUUAGGAUGACCUGUGUGUGGUACCUGCCGCUGCUGCCGCUGCUGCUGAGUGCCGGGCUGCAGAUCAGGCCACUGAGUGGAGGUCUGGUGAAGGUGGAGGAGGAGCUGGAGAGCAGUGCUGUGAUCAGUCACUCUCUGGGUCUGAUGGGUCGGUUGGAGAAGCUCCUACUGCAGGGGAACAGCAGUGACGUGUCCCUGCGCGUGGAGACAGUGGACGGGGACGAGGUGAAGCUCUUCCAGGCCCACUCUCUGGUUCUGUCCCUGCAGAGUCCCGCGCUCGGCCGGAUCCUGCAGAACCGCAACAGCAGCACCCUGGUCCUGCAGGAGAGCUCGGACUGCGUCGCCGUCUUCGAGAAGUUCAUCAGGUACCUGUACUGUGGUGAACUCUCCGUGAAUCUGGAUCAGGCCACCGCUUUGCACAAGCUGGCCGCCAAAUACGGCGUCGCCAACCUGCAGCAGGGCCUGGCCGAGUACAUGAGCCAGAACCUGGCCGGCGCCUCGGCGAGCGGACACGUCGUGGGCUGGUACGAGUACGCGGCGGCUGCAGGGGACGCGGGACUGAGGGACACCUGCCUGCAGUUCCUGUCCUGGAACCUGUCGGCGGUGCUGCAGAGCGCGCGGUGGCCAGCGAUCGGCGCCGAGCUGCUAAUGGCACUGCUGCGGCGCUCGGACCUGGUGCUGCAGAGCGAGCUGGAGCUGUUCCAGGGUCUGGAGGUGUGGCUGAUCCGGAACGAUCCGAACAGCCUGACCGCGGAGAACGCUCUGCGCGCCGUACGCUACGCCAUGAUCCCACCGAGAGAGCUUUUCCAGCUGCAGCGCAACUCGCCCGUCCUGCGGCGCUACCACGAGUCAGUGCGAGACCUUCUCUACCUGUCCUUCCAGUUUCACUCCGCCUCUCCGGUGCAGCUCGCCAAGUUCUUCGACGUCAACUGCAGCCUGUUCGUGCCGCGGAACUACCUCGCGGCAUCGUGGGGCACAGCGUGGGCCGUCAAUAACCCGGCGAGGGACGACCGCAGCAUCAGCUUCCAGAGCCAGCUGGGUCCCAGUGGCCACGACGAGGGUAAACGGGUGACCUGGAACGCCCUGUUCUCGCCGCGCUGGCUCCCCCUCAGCCUGAGACCCAUGUACAACGAGCCGGGCGCCAUGCACCAGUCCCAGACCGCGCAGCCGACGCUGGGGGCAGCGCGCCCGCGCAUCAUCAUCACCCCCACCACCUCCAGCGCCGAAUUCGCCGGCGUCAACUUCCAGAAGACGGUGGUGGUGUCCACCAGGCAGCAGGGCCAGCUGGUGGUGCGCCACGUCUACAACUUCCACCAGAGUACGGAGGAGACCGGGGACUUCCUGUCCGGCGUUGACCUGCAGCAGCGUACGUCCGAAUACCUCGCGGACGGGUCCCUGCACAUGCACGUCAUCAUCAAACCCCUCUAUCAGACGCUCAUCGCCGUUAAAAAGACUGACGUUCUGUAAACAACAAAGAGUUACGAGAGAAUUCAGAUGCUUUAGAUGUUAAAGAAACGUCGCCAAAGAAAGAAAGUGAAAAAACGUGAUCGUCAAGCCCCAAUAAUAUUAGACCAUGUUAUACACUAAUGAUUUCAUUGUCAUUAAUGCAGCGUUACAUUUACCUCAGAUAUCAUAUAGAGUAGCAUUUUUGGAUUAUUGUAAUCAGAUAAGUGUAAUUUAAUUCAAAACAGUGAGAUAAAGACAAUAAUUUACUGAAGUUUUAAUGACAAAGCCAAACAAAAUAUGUCCCAACAUUUUAUGGCCCAUGUUUUCAUUGUUAGCAUUGUUCCAGAGAUGCAUUGUCCAGGGUAGCAUUGUUAUAAUUUCCCAGGGUAGCAUUUUUUAGCACUGUCCCAGGUCAGCAUUGUUCCAUGUUAGCAUUAAUAGCAUUGUGCCAGGUUAGCACUGUUAGCAUUGUCCAAGGGUAGCAUUUUCACAAGUUAGCUUUGUUAGCAUUGUCACAGGGUUGUGUUGUUUGUGAUUUCAGUCGAUAACAAUCUUUAUCUGUUUAAAAGUAGCAGCAGGUGAACGAAGAGUUACGAGAGAAUUUGAUUUGGAGGUUAAAGGAACAGAGAAAAUGUCAAAAAACAUCAAAGAACUUGAUCAUUAAGCACAAUAGUGUUAAACUCUCAUCACAAUAACAAAGUAACAGAGGACGGGCAGAGAGUCAUAAACGCAAAGUUUAUGAUGUAAAAGCUGAGAUUUAGCUUCAGAAGUUAAUAAAAUUUAUAUGAUUUACAAAACUCUUAAUUUUUGUAAGGAUAAUCUACAUUUAUCUCAGAAGUUGGAUAGAGAGAUGAAGAUUUCUGGGAAAUAUAUUUCAGAAGGAUCUAACAGAACUUGCUAGAACAGAGUGACCUGAUCUAAUCAGUGCGUACAGCUGUGAUAUUUAAUUCAUUAAAGCCCAGAAAAACACAGGGUUUCUGAACAGCUUGCUUAAAAAACAGCAUCAUGAAGUUCAGUAGCAGCAGCCAUCUGUCCGACUGAAUGACUAUAAAAUCCAGACUACUGAAUUUCUCCAUCUGGUAGCCCAGUUUGGAUGCUGUUUUAUUCCUGCCCCACACUACAGCAGAGGUUCUUAACCAGUAUAAUAGUUUAUUAAAAACUCCAUCAGCAGCCGGAGUCUGAGAGAGAGAGUAUAGUAAGUAAGUAAUCUGCUGCUUCAGAUUAUCAGAUUAUCCUGUGUUUUGGGGCAUUACAGCAUCUACAGCCUGUAACAGAUUACCCUCAUAUCACAGCCUGAAGAAGCUGCACAGUAGAGCUGGGCAAUAUAACAAUAUUUUAUCGUAUCAGGAUAAAUUUGUUAUUUUGAUAAAUGAUGCGCAACUUGCAUCAACGUGAAUUUAAUCAGUGCUUAUAAACACACGCUCACCUGCCCAACACAGUUCAAUACAGAGAGGCUAAAUUUUGAAGCUCAAAAACAUUUGUCUAAAUCAGGGGUGUCCAAACUACGGCCCGCAGGCCAUUUGCGGCACGUUUCCUUUUUUGGAGCGGCCCGCGAGGUAUUUUAGAAAUAGAAUGAAAGUUGGCCCGCUGUUAAGCAGGUUUUAUAAUGUGAGAUUUAAAGUUUGAACGCUAGGUGUCAGAAACGGGCCAAAGAGUCUAAAAGCGGAGAGAGUGCGCAUUUCUAGCGCAGAAAAACGGACAAAGAGUCUAAAAGCAGAGAGAGUGCACAUUUCUAGCGCAGAAAAACGGGCCAAAGAGUCUAAAAACGGAGAGGGUGCGCAUAUCUAGCACAGAAAAACGGGCCAAAGAGUCUAAAAGCGAAGAGAGUGCGCAUUUCUAGCGCAGAAAAACAGGCCAAAGAGUCUAAAAGCGGAGAGAGUGCGCAUUUCUAGCGCAGAAAAACAGGCCAAAGAGUCUAAAAGCGAAGAGAGUGCGCAUUUCUAGCGCAGAAAAACAGGCCAAAGAGUCUAAAAGCAGAGAGAGUGCGCAUUUCUAGCACAGAAAAACAGGCCAAAGAGUCUAAAAACGGAGAGGGUGCACAUUUCUAGUGCAGAAAAACGGGCCAACGAGUCUAAAAGCGGAGAGAGUGCGCAUUUCUAGCGCAGAAAAACAGGCCAAAGAGUCUAAAAGCGGAGAGAGUGCGCAUUUCUAGCGCAGAAAAUGGGCCAAAGAGUCUAAAAGUUGCCGUAAUUAAGGAGUUUUAUAUUAACAGGCAUCAUUAAAUUAAACAUCAGUUUGAAAAAUCUUAGUUUACACAACACUGUCAAAGAUAAAGAUAGUAAGUCAAGUAAAAUGGUGUGUAAAUGAAAUAAUCAGGAAAAUGUAUUAUUUAAAGUGGUAUAUUUCAUUAUUUGUUUUAUUACAGAGUCUGUGGCCCGUGACUUCAAAUAUAUUUCUCCUUCUGGUCCCCAACAAAAAAAGUUUGGACACCCCUGAUCUAAAUUGUUGAACCUCAAAAACAUUUGACUUUUGUCUAAUAAAGCCCAAAAUGUCCAAUAUCUUUUGGCUUUAUAUGGCGUGCCAAAAGGUUUGACUUGCUUGUUUAUCCAAAAGCUCCACCUCUAACAUUCUGUCAUUCAUUCCAAUGGCGAAAAUGCCUGAUAUUUUAGAAACAUUCUAGAAAAGUAUCAAUUUAAUUGAAUUUGAUGAAACUAUGCUAUUUGUUCUAUGUUCCCACCAAAUUUUAAGGGUCUACCUAAAAAGUUAAAAUUUCUUGACAAAAGUUCAUCUACCUUAUUGAAUAAGUUCUGGUCCUAAGAUCCUGCAAAUUUCCACGCAAAAUGACUCAGUCAAACCAGCUUAAACAGAGUAAAUAUAGAAAAAAUGUAUAUCGUGAUACAAUAUUUUCACUGUAUCGCCCAGCUCUUGUGCACAGUCACUGUUAUAGUUAUUCCCAUGGCAACCAGACAAAACUCCUCCCACUUCAGACCUAUCAUUUACUCCCAGUCUUCCCCAGAGCCACACGGGAACAAUCAGCAUUGUUUUUACCGUGUAAUAUGAAUAUGUUUCUAGGUGCUACUGUAAAUACAUAACACACAACAUAUAUCACACUUAUCUCACUCAAACUGUUUUACUUCAUACAUUUCUCAUAAUUCUGAUCGAUUGAUUGAUUUUUGUCUGCAUUAUUAUUAUUAAUUCCUGAAUUCAUUUAAUUUAAUUUCAUUUCAUCUGUCCAAUGUUGACCUAUCAUGCUUAAAUAUUUAGUACAAAUGUAUAAUACAAUAAUGUAUAAACUGUUAUAAUUUCAAAUUAACAUAGUGUCUAGUAAUAAUUAUAUACAUAUAUUAUAUACUGUAUACAGUAUCUCAUGAUGUAUAAGAAGAGUCUAUUUCUAGAAGCACAUUACAAAUUCACAAUAUAGCUAAUUUUAGAUAAUUAAAGUGUUAUUUUUAAUUUAACUCCUCGAUUUCCCCACCAAAAAAUGUGAUAUUUAUAAAUUGAAUAGAAAAUGCCUAAACAUUAUCGUUUGAUGUGUACUAAUAUUUAUAAUAUUUGUAAUAGACAAGUUGCAAUAGAAUUGUCUGAUAAAUGGACAAAUGGAAAUGUUUCAAAAUGUUGUGGAAUAAAUAUAUUCACAAUGACA